UAUGUACUAUGCUUUAAACACAAGUUUAUAUUAAUAACACGCCAUGUUUUUUACUCAGUGGGGUGUGUAGAACAGGGCCGGGGUGAAAAUCAUCUCUAGAGGCAUGCAGUGUCAAAAUGGGAAGGAAACUAUACUUGUUGUCCUUCACUGAGACCUGCCAGCCUCACUUCAACGAUAUAUCCACCACCUACAUGCACAAGAAUUAAAUAAUUCUCAUACAACAUAACCAAAACUGUAAGAAACAAAGAAUAAUAUUGGAGAAUUAAGUAACAUAAGAAAUUUGAAGACAAGAUUUGAGACAAAAUAUUGAAAAAUUAAAGUGUGUAGUGGUGUGUGGAGAUUCUAUAUAAAAAAAUUGCACUACUGAAACAGACAAUAAUAAAAUAUAUCAUAUCUUACUGUAUAUAGAAGAGAAGAUGAUCAUCCUGGAAGCAAUGGAGUUGGUUAGAGUUCCUUGGUCUAAGACUAGAGCUAUUAAGAGGGAAUGAGGAACCCGGCAUUGCAUCUGAUCGGGAUAGCAGCGUCUCCUGGAGGAGGAGAAGGGAUUUUCGGAUCGCGGGCCGAGGAGGAGUUGCGUAGGUGGCUUGAAGCACGCUUGGACGCAUUGGGUAUUGACCCAGUAGCGUACUCGCGAUUUGUGCUGAGUAUCCUGCGCCGCCCCGACUCGGCCCUUAGUCCUCCGGUAGAGGCAUUUAGGCUUGGUGUAGGCACAGAAUGUCGUUCAUGUGACCGAUCUAAAACAAAGUUGCUAACCUGCGAUAAUAGGGAGCAACGACAAGCUGUUAUACAAUGUCUAAUAAGUGCUGCUGACGAUAAAUACGGAGUGGAGACGCUAGUUGAUGAACUGUGUAUGAAAAUAAGAGAAUUGGAUGGGAAAAACUCGUGUAACGAGAGAGAAGAGCAAAUCAAUAACGAAUCCAAAACGAAUUUAGAGUUAUCACCUCGCGAUAAAGCUCUCAGAUAUUACACAGCAUUUCCGGCUUUGCAAUCUGUUUCCAUCAAAAAGUUUUCUCAGCGGAAAGAUCGAAACUUGGCCAACAAGAACAACAAUAAGAACAACGGAAUUAGUUUGCACAAUACCAAAAAUACAAACUAUCGCAAUAAAAAAAGUAAGAUGUCUGUUGUGAACAUUGAAUCGCAAUCGUCGGAAGAAAAAGAAAGUUUUGGAUUUGCUAGAUCAAUGGAGCGUGAGCGCGAGUCAGAGUUACGCGAGUCAGAGUUACGCGAUCAAUUAGAGGAAUUAGAGGCGAAGAUCAAGAGCUUACAGAUAAUUUGGGGCCCGACAUCGAACAAUGCGCAAAAUACGGCUUCUAUAUGGGCUCCGCCAAAUGGGUCGCUCUCUGUUCCUUGGCUCAUAGAUGGUCCUAGCAGAAUGCUAGAACCAAAUGCGAAUUUUUCUCGAUCCGAAAAUAACCGUAAUGUCGGUUAUAAUGCAUCAAACCAGCAGCACUCGUUUGAGUCACCAUUUCAUAUUCCACACAAUAAUAUUAAUCUUAACGAGGAUAAUGCAAACAAUCAAGAACGCCGCGUAGAUUGGUCUUUCCUAUCUCCAGGACCUUUUUUUCCUCCUAAUUGGAGAGCCGAUGCUGCCGGCCAAACAUGUUCCUCGUUUCCGAAACCUUCCACAGGAGCUAGCAAUGGAUCUCGUAUGAGUCUGGAAGUAAAAGUUCUCGAGCCAGACGAAGAUCUUCUGGAAUCUGAUCGUACUCACUUUUGUCCGAUAAAGAACGGUUAUAUAGAUGGAACAUCAUUUGCCGUCAACAACUCAUGGGAACGGGUCAUGUAUCGCAGAUCCACUUCAGGAAUGCUAUAUCUAAUGGAUGACGAAACCCCGUACAUGGAGUAUAAGGAGCCUACGAUGCCAGACUUUACGAAUUUUACAUUGAAAUUCCGUUUGCGUCAGGGAUGUGACAAGAGCGUCCAAACUGAACCAUUGGAAACUUUUUUUCCAGAAGAAUACGAUCAAUUACUUUGCUAUACUUCCGACGAAGAUGAAUCCGGAAGUUUAGCCAAACAGGAUCAGUUUUGCUAUACUUCUGACGAAGCUUUUGAUCAAGAUGACGAACGAAAAGAAAACAAAAAAGAUUCUUUUGCUUUGAAUCCCAUUGGCUGGGAACAAAAAACAGAUCCUCUGCACAUUCAUAGAAGAAGAAGGCACAGCAGCUUCGGGUGCCAGCCAUUGAGGACUUUGCGUCCGUUGACCUUGUGAACGGAAAAUAACGUAAGCUGCUAAAAUAAAAAAAAAAUAAAAAAAAUAGCUAUAUAACCGGAGUUUGGAGGUUUAGCUAUACUUUUUUUUCGCGAUACAAAGAAUUGUAUAAGAGAGAAGCGUAAAUGGGGGUCCUCUUGGCAUGUGGAAUUUGUUAUGCAUGUAUCCAAGAAGGACACAAGUAAACCCCAUCGUUACUUGUAAUGAACAACAUGUAAUGAAACGAAACGCAAGAAUAUUAACUUCAUUUAGAUAAUUAGGUGAAUCCUUUGAUGCGAAUAAAAAGAACGAGACGAAGAAAAAGAGAGUGUAUACCUUACGUGUACACCAGCGUUUAACGUUGAGAGAACGUUAAAGAAAAAAACACGUAGUCAACGCGAUUUAAGUUGUAGGUUGUUGAUUACUUUGUGAUUUUCGAAAAGAACUUAGUACGCGCUGAGUUUUUUUUUAGAAAAUUGUAGUAAGCAAUUUUGUUUCUCGCCCGACGUGCAGGCCAUACUUAUUUAAUUAUUAUGAAAAAAAAGAAAAACAAAAGAAGCAAUUACAUGUGUGCGACUUAGGAAUUGGAGAUUUAUUAUACAUGAAAGAAUACAGUUUUGAGUACUUAUCUUAAACGCCGCACGGCUAGAAAUCGGGCAUUUGAAGUGCUGUUCUGUUUUCUUGUUGUUUUUUGUAAUUAAUUAAUGGAUUAUAUUAACCGUAUCCUUCUAAUUAUAAUUUAACUGCCUAGAAGAUUAAUCUCCCCCUUUCUCCAGCCCCUAUCCCUUCUCCAAAUCUCCCCGUAUCCAACGCUUUCCUUGUGCUCACCUUAAGGAAACCGAAUAACUGAAAAACAUACAUAUAAAAAAACAAAAAAA